AAUUUUCAAGUUUUUUUGAGCACCCAACAUUUUUUUAUCGACACUUUUUUUAGGUACUGCUUAUAGCUGACUUAUUUUUCAUUUUUAGUUCUGGAACUCAUGUGAACAAUUUGGAAACUAAUUUAUCUGAACAUGAUAAUUAUCAGUCGUGUAUAAAUGUUAUUUCAAAUAUUAAUACCAUUGAUAAUAAUGACAUUUCGACGAAUGACAAUAAUUUGAAUGAUAUGAACCCGGAUUUGUGUUUAAAUAAUUUAAAUAGCACAUGUUUUGAUGGUAAUUCGUUGUUAAUUGCACAUAGUACACCAGCUAGAGUAUUUAGUGACUAGUUUUGUAAAUAAAAAUACAUCAAGUGUUAUGACACAUAGCUUAUGUGUUGAAAAUGAGUCAAGCACUAAUGACGAAACAACAACAAUAACAAAGUAUUGAAUUUUUAUAAAAAAUAUUUUUUACUAAAUUAAAAAAUAAAAUAAUAUAAUCAUUUUAACGAUUUGAAGGUUACUUGAUGGUCGCAGGGUAGUAGAUAUACGACAUUUUUUAAUGCAAAUAAUGAAUAGUCGGCAUGAAAGAUUUGGGUCUUCAUUUAUUGAUAUGGAUUUUAAAAUGGAAGUUAGAAAAGGGUAUAGUUCAACAUUUCAUUUUGAAUGCAAAAUGGGUGGCAUGACAUCAUGUAUUUCUACGGAAAAUGAAAAUGAAAAUCCUUAUUUACCAAUUAAUCAAGCGAUAAUAAAUGGCAGUGUAGCUAUUGGCAUAGGCCAUACGCAACUCAAUCAAUUAUCAGCUUCAAUUGAAGUCCCGUCGAUAUCUUCUACUGCGUAUCUUAAACAUUUUUCAAACAUAAGUGAUAUAAUUCAAGACACUGCUAUCGAAGAAAUGGCAAAAGCCGGCGACGAAGAACGAAAGAUAGCAUUAGAAAACGGCAAUGUGGAUAAAGAUGGAGUAGGUACCUAUGUGUACAGUAAUCGCAGACGGGCAGUGGUCAAAACGGUCCUAUAAAACCAAGUUUAACGCAUUUUCUGGAGUUGUAUGUAACAUAAUUUAUUUUUUGAUAUUCUAAUAGAAAAGAAUAUUAUUGUAUGUCGUAUGUGUAAAAUUGUUUUAUAUUUUAUUUAUUCUGUAGGCUACAAUUAUAAGGGAAAAUACAAAAAAAGUUUUAUUCAUUGGGAUUAUUAAUUAGCUGGUACCUAAAUCUGCCCCAUGAUAUCGUUGUAUUAAUAUGAUCAGUUGCUAAAUACUCAAAACAUGAUAUUAUAAGUACCACCUUUUUAAAAACUAAUGUCAAAAAGGUGGGUGAGUGAGUAUCACUCUGCUGUACAUUAGGUUACAAAUGGGUCACUGUGAUGUAUGAUGUUCAAUGAUAUAAUAUAAUUGUAUACUAAAAUCGAUUCUGAGCGAAUAUGCCAAUACGUGUCAGCCUAUGAUAUUACUAAGUAUAUAUUUUGAUGAUAAAAUCGAAAAAGUGUCAACGAAUUAGUAUCGUCUAGUUGAUUACGCAUGACACGAAAAGAAAAUUAGGUAACUUAACUGCACAACAAUGAUAAUUAACUGUAAAAAGUUAAUUUACAACAAUAAUAAUUUUAACUGAAUAAGUUAAUAAGUUAAAAACAAAAAUAAUCAACUAGUUAAGUUAAUGCCCACCUUUGUAUUUUCAUGAUUAACUAACUUAAGUUUAAGUUUAACUUUAGUUAUCAUGGGUAUUUUCUUAUGCUUAUUAACAGCUUAAAGAGUCUAAAUAUUUUGAAUAUUGUAUUAUGUAUAGGACGUAGGUG